AAGCUUUUCUCGAAUUAUGGAUACAAAUUUCUUUUAGAUUUUAUAAUGUGUUCAAGCUAAAAUUGCAUAUAUUUGCCUCUCUCAGGUUCCUGUAGUCUAAGACACUCCGCUCAAUCUUAACAUGUUGUGCUUGUGCAGUUUGCUGUAGAGUUUAUGGUCAUAGUGUUGGAUUUGGUGGCUCCUGCUUCCAGAAGGACAUUCUUAACUUGGUCUACAUCUAUGAAUGCAAUGGUCUUCCAGAAGUGGCGAACUACUGGAAGCAGGUUAUCAAGAUCAAUGACUACCAGAAAAGCAGGUUUGUGAACCGGGUGGUUUCCUCCAUGUUCAAUACUGUUUCUGGAAAGAAGAUUGCUGUACUUGGGUUUGCAUUCAAGAAAGACACAGGUGACACAAGGGAGACGCCAGCCAUUGAUGUUUGCAAGGGCCUUUUGGGGGACAAGGCCAAGAUUAGCAUCUACGAUCCUCAAGUAUCUGAAGACCAGAUUCAGCAUGAUCUUGCUAUGAAUAAGUUCGACUGGGAUCACCCUAUCCACUUGCAGCCAAUGAGCCCAACAGCCGUGAAGGAGGUGACAGUGACCUGGGACGCAUACGAGGCCACCAAGGGAGCACAUGGGGUCUGCAUUCUGACUGAAUGGGAUGAGUUCAGGAAGCUGGAUUAUGCAAAAAUCUUCCAGAACAUGCAGAAACCAGCUUUUAUCUUUGAUGGGCGCAAUGUGGUGGAUCCGGAGAAGCUAAGGGAGAUUGGAUUCAUCGUUUACUCGAUUGGGAAGCCAUUGGAUCCGUGGCUCAAGGACAUGCCCGCUGUGGUCUAAUUGGGAGCUCAGUAGAGAGCGAUAUACGGUAAAAGACUCUUUACGGAUCAGGGUUAGGUUUUGAGUUUCAAACUGAGGAUUCUUCAAAACUAUUGUCUUGUAUUGGGUAUUUUUCUGUCUUUUGUCCUCACAUUUUAGUUAGACAGGGAAUGGUUGAUUGCACUCUUAUAUACUUUGUGUCGAAGUGUCUUCGGUUGCAUUAUCUGCUAGGGUAUUGUACUCCAUUCAUUCUUGCUGUGAGAGGAAAACACGAAUUGCUAGUUCAUCUGAAUGCCAUAUUUGGUUUUCUAAAAAUUACUUUUGACCUUGUAACUCACACAUUUCUGGCCUCGAUGUAUCUGUGCAUCAGUGCGUUAUUGUGGUUCAUUGGAAAAAGCUUCUGAAUUCGUCAAGUAUUAAAGGCAAUUAAACUGCUUCAUAA